GCCAAUGAGAGACGGAGGGGCGGAUCUAACAAACGGGAUCACUUUAUUUUACAGUAUCAGUGUGUGGGUUACCGUACCGUCCCCUGACUAGAUGUAGAUGGAGAUAACUGUCACUGUGCUAUCGUUUGAAUAUCAGUCAGCUCAGGUUAGGGACAUAGCAUCAUAGACAAAAGCCGAGUAUGCUGAAAUAGCAACGACUGAAAGAGUAUUUAGACAUGGCACCCAAAUCGCUGUCUGAAAAGUUAGCAAAUUUAGAGGACAGUGACUUAAAAGAGUCUACCUGCAUUUGCAGGAAACAGUGUAAGAACUGUAAAAUCUUUCUGGGAUUCUUCGUCUUAUCCCUUUCAUUGCAUCUAGUUACGCUUUUCUGUUAUUUGGACCUGAGAUCCGAAGUGAAACGCGAGAUUCUCCAGAAGAACAGAGAGGAGACACUGUCACCGGCCGCAACUGAUAUGAAUGACCGAUAUUCUCCAGUAUUCCAGCUGUUGGAUAUCAGCUACCCAGCUGAUCUGCAGAAUAGGUUGCCUCUGGGGAACAGUGACGAAAGCUCUCACCUCAAAGAAGACAGAGACAAUGCUGUCCAUCGCACCAAAAGGAGCCAGCAGAAUAAACGACUUGAUUCAGAAUCACAUGGAAACAAACGAAAAGAAAGGAAAAAAGGUAAGAAGGGCCCUCCGGGUGCACCUGGCCCCCUAGGCCCUCCAGGGCCACAGGGGCCACCUGGUAUUCCUGGCAUUCCAGGCAUCCCUGGGAACAACGCCAUGGGCCCCUCAGGACCACCCGGACCUCCAGGCCCUGCUGGACCCCCAGGGCCACAGGGACCCCCUGGUCUUCAAGGACCCUCAGGGGGCAGAGUCAGAGAUAGCCAGCCGGCUGUGGUACAUCUCCAAGGCCAGGAAACAACAAUACAGGUCAAGGAAGAUCUUUCAGAAGGCGUACUGAGAAACUGGAAAAUGAUAUCCAUGCAUCACAAGGUGUUCAAGAUGCACUCGAGAUCUGGGGAGCUGGAGGUGUUGGUAGAUGGCACCUACUUCAUCUAUAGUCAGGUUUACUACCUCAACUUCACUGACAUUGCUAGCUAUGAGGUGAUGGUGGACAAGACGCCGUUCCUGCGCUGUACGCGGAGCAUUGAGACGGGACAGCGCAAGUUCAACACCUGCUACACGGCUGGGGUGUGUCUGUUGCGUGCCCGGCAGAAGAUCUCCAUCAAGAUGGUGUACGAGGACACCUCCAUCAGCAUGACCAACCACACCACCUUCUUGGGGAGCAUCCGCCUCGGGGAUGCCCCCCCGGCCAGCCACUCCUGAAGUGGCAGGCCUACCAACCUGUUUGUCAAGCCACGACCCACCCCUCUACCAGCAUAUCCACUUAUGGCCUGGGGGAGGCUCCUCCCACUCUACUCUUCCUCUGCAACCAUCACCACCACCUAUCACAUAUCAACCAAUAGGAGAUGAGGAUGCCCACCUACUCCAGAGAUGACAUCAUGUACAGUACUAAAGUAUCUGCCCUCAGCCUGGGCCAGGCCCGCCCCUUCAGGCUACUACUGAGCUGAUAAGCCCCACCCUCCCUUAUAAUAGUGGGAUGACCUGGUGUAAUGAUAUUAACCGCUGCCUGUUAUCUCUUAAUGGAAGAUUCCUUCCACAGAGCGAUGAUGACUAUGACCUUCGGAGGUGAUGAUGGACAAAUAUGCACCCAACGUGUCUUAGCAUUAAGAAAGGGAGGAGUUGUUUGAAGAAAUAAAUACAUUAGACUUUACUUUUAGAAUUGUGCAUUUAUAGAUAAUAACUUGGUUUCCCUGGUCAUGACAUGCUUGAGAAACCAAGGUUGACAGGAGUCAGUCAUGUCUCCACUGAAAGAACUGUCUGUUAGUUAGACAACAUAGGUACAUACUGUAAACGUUUUUUGAAAACAAUAUAGAAAUACAAUGUGUGGCAGUUGUCUGAUGAAAUUAACAUUUAUAGCUGAAACAAAAACAUUUCUCUGUUAGAAUGUGCACUGGUUAAAGCAAAUGAUUGAUCUGUAGGCAAAUCCCUCUCACUCUCUGUCUCCCUCUAUCUCUCUCUCUCUCUCUCUCUCCCUCCCUCUCUCUCUCCCUCUCUCUC